CAAGUCCAUCUCUAACUAUGCACGCUUUGUACCUCCGGGUCGCAAAUGUAGAAAUCCGUCCCCCGACGCAUGGAUUUCAGUCUCUUGUACAGUACGGUUCUAGAGAGAGAGAGAUCAUCCAUGCAUCAAGCGUUCUAGAGAGAGAGAUUUUGGUACCUUUGCGCUCUUGUGUGGGACCCAUAAGACAAGGUAGUCUAUAAUGGACACUGGAGGAAGCUCUCUUCCUUCAGGCCCUGACGGGGUGAAGCGAAAGGUCUCGUAUUUCUAUGACCCAGAGGUCGGGAACUAUUAUUAUGGUCAAGGUCACCCCAUGAAGCCCCAUCGAAUCCGUAUGACCCAUGCCCUUUUGGCUCAUUAUGGCCUCCUCCACCAAAUGCAAGUUCUCAAGCCCUUCCCUUCUAGGGAUAGGGAUUUAUGCAAGUUCCAUGCUGAUGAUUAUGUUGCUUUUUUGAGGGGUAUAACUCCUGAAACUCAACAAGAUCAUAUGAAGGCAUUAAAGAGGUUCAACGUGGGAGAAGAUUGCCCGGUUUUUGAUGGUCUUUACUCUUUUUGUCAAACUUAUGCUGGUGGAUCAGUUGGGGGUGCUGUGAAAUUGAACCAUAGGCUCUGUGAUAUUGCCAUCAAUUGGGCUGGGGGCCUUCACCAUGCCAAAAAGUGUGAGGCUUCAGGGUUUUGUUAUGUGAAUGAUAUUGUGUUGGCAAUUUUGGAACUAUUGAAGCAGCAUGAGCGGGUUCUGUAUGUUGAUAUUGACAUCCACCAUGGAGAUGGUGUUGAGGAAGCCUUUUACACAACUGACAGGGUUAUGACAGUUUCGUUCCAUAAGUUUGGCGAUUAUUUCCCUGGGACAGGUGAUAUUCGUGAUAUUGGGUACGGAAAAGGGAAAUAUUACUCUUUGAAUGUGCCUCUGGAUGAUGGAAUUGAUGAUGACAGCUACCAAUUCUUAUUUAAGCCGAUCAUGGCCAAAGUUAUGGAAGUUUUUCAACCGGGUGCCGUUGUUUUACAGUGCGGGGCUGACUCCCUAUCAGGAGAUCGACUAGGUUGCUUCAACCUAUCCAUCAAAGGCCAUGCAGAGUGUGUGAGGUUCAUGAGAUCAUUCAAUGUGCCAUUGCUCCUCCUCGGCGGCGGUGGGUACACCAUUAGGAAUGUGGCUAGAUGCUGGUGUUAUGAGACAGGAGUUGCCAUUGGUGUGGAAGUUGAUGAUAAGAUGCCCCAACAUGAGUAUUAUGAGUAUUUUGGACCUGACUAUACUCUGCAUGUUGCCCCGAGUAAUAUGGAAAACAAAAAUUCACGGCAAUUAGUUGAGAACAUUAAAGUAAAGUCGCUUCAGAAUCUCUCCAGGCUUCCACAUGCCCCUAGUGUCCCAUUUUAUGAGCGGCCCCCUGAUACUGAGCUUCCUGAGGAAGAUGAUGACUACGACAGAAAAGAAGAGAGAUUGGAAAGCGAUCACUUGAAUUUGGAUACUGAAAUGGGUGAAUUGAAGCAUUCAAAUGAGGUUAUUUGGUACCCUGACAGGAAGUCUAUCCCAUCCAUCCAAAAUAUUCGACCAAAGAAAGCAAUUGGAGAGGCUGAGCUAAAAGAUGAGAAUCAGGAUGAUCGGAAGGAAGUGGUAGAGAAUGUUAGAUGCAUGGAUAUUGAAACAGAAGAAAACCUUGGCUCAAAGUCUUCAGAACCUGUUCUCGUGGAGACUGACCAGCCAAGGAGCAAUAUCACUGAGCCAUAGAAUGGAAAUAAGCCAUCUGAACAACUUACCAUUCCUUUCGUGAAGUCCUUAAUAAAAGAGCUUCGCAGCCACGUGGAAAUCUUUGACAUGUUAACAUGCUAAUAUGAUAUGCAAUCUGUUUUUUGUAAAAAAAUUAGCUGGCCUCUUUAACAACAAAUUAAAAUUUCAAUUAUACGGGCAUGGAAAGCAGAUCAAAGCCAAGUGUUUUGUUGUGCCGAACUUGUUAGCCAUUUCCGAUUGCCCAGAAAAUAUUUUGUAUUUAUAGAAGCUAAGUUCUUGUUACAGUUAUGUAUGCCCAUCAAGGGAUUAUGAUUAUGUAAAUUAUACUCUGGUUUCCAGUCACAGUCACUUUCAGUUGAGCAUUGUAGUAUGAUCAAAGUACUAUAUUUUUUUAA